GAACUUGCAUUCUUCUUCUCAAUAUCUAUGCAAAUGGGAAAGCUGAGGAAUCAACAGAAGAGCAAAAACUCCAGAAAAAUCAAGAAAAAUCCCAUCAGGAUCACAUAUAUUUCUAGCCCCAAGAUGGUCAAGGCUACUGCAGCAGACUUCCGGGCAAUCGUGCAGGAGCUUACUGGCAGAGACUCGGGUUUUGAAUGUCCUAGAAAUGAUCAUGCAGAAACCAACCUAGACUCGAGUUUCCAAAACUCGGGGAAUGAUCAUGUACCAGCCGACAUGCAAGCAGAAAAAGUUUCCGUUACAGGGAUUGAUAGAGAAAAUGCACAUGGACCAUUCUCGAACAAUAUGUUAAUGGAGUUGGAUGAAGGAAUUCUCCUGAGGAGUCUCCCAGAAAACUUCCAUCUCCUUACAUUUUUGUUUGAUUAAUUAUGGCCUUUCUUUAUUUUCCACUUUAGAGAGAGGUAUGACACUAGGAGGGUUUGCUUACUUUUCAUGUAAUGUUAAGGAUUCCUGUCCAAUACUUAUAUU